GCCGCUAGAUUCUCAAAACCAACACGUCAGCGUUAAGGAACUUGGUUUGACUGGUUGGAAGGUAUCUUUGUCUCACUCUCCCCGAAAUUCUCCAUCUCUUCACGCUGGUGUAUCACUGUUUAAUCUUUCUUCUCUAUUCACCCAAUUCAAUCCCCACCACAGGCAAAGCCAUCAGAUGCUUUAUUUUCCUUUUGGAAACAAAGUUUUGAAUUCACGGUUUGGGCAUACUGAAUUUGUUGCAUUUUCCAAACUUUCACAAAUUGGGUAUCUUUGAAAACGGUUCAGUGGUUCUAAUUCAACUAAAAAUUGCAUUUUUAGUUUAUUUAUCUAUGUUUUCAGCUCCUUAUGUAGGUUCCAUCUUUGAUCAUGUGUAUAGGUGUGGCUAUUGGUUAGUAAUAGUCUUAGUCUCUUUUAAGCUUUCAGUAUAAACUGAAAGCAUGAUACUUAGAGAGUUGUUUUUAUUGAUUACUACCUGAUCAAACCCUAGUGGCAUAGAAAAAUAUCUGAAACCCUUUAGUUUUUGUUGUUAUUUAUAUGGAGUAUGAGCUAUUAUUUUGCUAUUAAGAUUUGUGAACAUGCUUGAAUCAUAGGCAUUGAUGUCAUUUAUCUGUGGAGUUCCUAUACUUGAGUGUGUUUAUUGUCUGGCCUGUACUCGUUGGGCUUGGAAAAAAUGUCUAUACACUGCAGGCUAUGAGAGUGAAAAUUGGGGUCUUGCUACUGCUGAAGAUUUUGAGCCUGUACCUCGAAUUUGUAGGCUAAUCUUAGCUGUUUACGAAGAGGAUAUUCGUAACCCCCAAUGGGCUCCUCAAGGAGGUUAUGGCAUUAAUCCUGAUUGGGUUAUCUUGCGUAAGGACUACGAGGAUAACCAAGGUCAUGUUACUCCAUACAUGAUAUACCUUGAUCAUGAUCAUGCUGAAAUUAUACUGGCUGUUAGUGGACUCAAUUUGGCAAAGGAAAGUGAUUAUUUAGUUUUGCUUGAUAACAAGCUGGGGCAGGCAGAAUUUCAUGGUGGUUAUGUUCAUAAUGGGUUGUUGAAGGCAGCAGGAUGGGUUUUUGAUGCAGAACAUGAGGUUCUUAGGGAGCUGGUGGCAGAAAAUCCAACUUAUAUGUUGAUAUUUACCGGGCAUUCUCUUGGAGCUGGGGUGGUGGCACUGUUGACAAUGCUAGCGCUUCAUAAUCGAGAUAAAUUAGGAAUACAAAGAAACAAGAUACGAUGCUUUGCAAUAGCUCCUACCCGAUGCAUGUCUCUGAAUUUGGCUGUAAGAUAUGCGGAUGUGAUCAAUUCUGUUGUGCUCCAGGAUGACUUUUUGCCUCGGACAACCACUGCUCUAGAAGAUGUCUUCAAGUCACUUCUAUGUUGGCCCUGCUUAUUGUGUAUAAUGUGCUUAAAGGAUACUUGCACACUGGAGGAGAAGAAGCUUAGAGAUCCAAGGCGUCUAUAUGCACCUGGUCGUCUCUAUCACAUUGUGGAGCGAAAGCCCUUCAGGAUAGGAAGAUUUCCACCUGUAGUUAGGACAGCAGUACCUGUUGAUGGGAGGUUUGAUCAUAUAGUUCUUUCUUGCAAUGCAACUUCUGACCAUGCCAUCAUUUGGAUAGAGAGAGAAUCCCGAUGGGCUCUCAAUUUAAUGCUAGAUAAAGAUCAGCAUAUGGAGAUUCCAGCAGAGCAAAGGAUGGAGAGGCAUGAAAGUCUAGCUCGAGAACACAGCGAAGAGCACCGUGCAGCCCUCCAGAGGGCAGUUGCUUUGGAUAUUCCUCAAGCAUACUCACCUUCCUCAUAUGGAACAUUUCAUGAAAUGGAUGUUGGUGAGGAUUCUGGAAGAUCAAGUGAAAAAGUGUCCUCCUUAUCUUCUAAGAAACGAACACAAAGUUGGAAUGAAUUUGUUGGGCGGCUGUUUGAUGUGGAUGACUCAGGUCAUAUGGUGUUCAAGAAGACAAAUCCAUAAAAGAUUUAUUUCUAAGUUAAUAAAGCAUUUUUCAUUU